AUGAAGGCUGAAACCGCGGGGCCGAGCACGGAGGUGGUUGGAGGCCUGACUGCUGCUGCUGCUGUGGGGGCUCACGCCAGGGGCUGUACGGUGAAGGUCAAACGCUCCAAAUUCAUCAGCUACAAGGGUGUGAUCACAGCUGUGACCGAUCAGGAGGCGGGACUCUACAUGAUUGACGGGAAGGUGGGCCUCCUGCUGGCCUAUCAGCCGUUGCGUGGCAUCAACAGCGGCCUGCGUCCCGGCGCACAGGUGGAGCUCCAGCAUGUCCACUUCCUGUUUCGGCCAUCCAUUUCCUGUUACGGCCCUCCCACGAUGCUUUGCGCCUGCCUGCGCUCCAGUGUGCGCGUCACUUACUUUAGCCCCCUCCUCCUGGCUCCACAGGAUGAGCCCGCCCCCUCACAGUCACACGACGUCUUGCCUCGAAUGCUAUUGGAGAGAAACCUGGGCGUGUCUGAGUACUUGUGGCUACAGCAUUACUCCGUUGUGAUUCGACAAAGGCUGUGUCCUCGCUGGGUGUGUGAGGCGCGCGCGUGUGUGGUGGCCUCUCGACUGCUGGAGUGUGUGUGUGUGCGCGAGGAGCGGCGAGAGCCCCGAGACAUCUACAGAGAGAUGCUGCAGGAGCCUCACGUCUGCCCUCUGAACCAGUACAGGGUGUGCAGCACGGGCUGUGUCGUCCCCUCCGUGUCCGAGGUGUGUGUCUGGCUGGAGGCCGAGUGCUGGUCCACCCUCUCCCUCCCCUCUCUCCUGCCCACCUCGGAGGCCUCGGGCCUGAUGCGAGCCCAGCUCAACCCCCUACUCAGCUGGUCCUUCCAGACCUGGAGCCUCCGGGACAAUCACACAGAGGACCAGGGACACCAGGGGAAUGAGGGGGAGGUCGAGCGGCGGCGACCCAAAAAAUGGGCACUUUUGGUGGGCAUGCUGGAGAGUGGGCCGGCCUCUGCUACCUUGAAGCUCCGCGACCAGACGGGGAGCAUAGACAUUGUGUUGGUGGAGGAGGAAGAGGAGGAAAGAGUGGACGAGGAUGAAGGGGAGACGCGGAGAGCACAGAGGGCAGCAGACAACACAGCCUGGCUGGGUUGCUUGGUUUGUGUGCGGAGCUGCACUCUGGUGGCUGAGAGGUUCCUGAAGACCAACUUCCCCUCCUGGAGCCACCUCAAAGAGGACAAGUACAUCACUAGCAAGCACUGCAGGGUGUACCUGCAGCUGUGUGUGAGUGACCUGCAGGUCCUCAGCCCCUCUACUGCCAUGAGCCUCCUCCUGGCGGAGAGAGAGAAGAAAGACGGAGCGAGAGAAGAAGAAAAAACGACAAGAAACGGAGAGAGGAGGCCCAGUGUUGAUGCUGAAAACAGCAAGAAGGAUGGAAGGAGAGGAGAAAAGGACAUGACAGAAAUCGGAGAAAAGCAGCCCGGUGUUGCAGCGGAGGAAAGCAGCAAGAAGAAUGGAAUGAGAGGAGAAGGAGAAGGACAAGCGACAAACGAGGAACAACCGGCAGAGAAGAGAAGAGCAAAGAGGACGCGAGGAGAAGAGAAAGAGGAGGACAAAGAAAAAGCAGAGGAACGAGGGAUGAAACAGACGGAGGGGGGAAAAGGAGGAGAAGAAAGUGGGGAAAGGAACAAGUGCAAGAGACAGAGGACUGGGGAACACAUGGCCCAAGGAAUGCUGGGAGAUGGAGGAGGAGGAGCCGUGACCUCUGACCCCUGUGUGUCUGUGGUGUUCCGUGUGGAGGCCAAACAGGGCGUGGCCCUCCGCAACCAUCAGCUGACGUCGGGGGCGACCGCCUCCCCGGGCCUGUCACUCAGCUUUGUUGCCACGGUGACGUGUUUUGGGGCACCCCAGAGGUGGGAGGGCGACCCCAGAAACACCCCCCUGCAGCAGCACGAGAACGACAGCACAACACCACACACACAGAUUGAUCUUCAGUUCAUCAGCUCUGCUGUCAGGUGGUUUCCUCUGUUGCAUCCGGACUCUGUGUACCGCCUCAUCGCCUUACACACAGAGGAUGUAAGUGUGUUGCGUGUGAAGGUGGACAUGACUAAGGGUGGGGGGAGAAACCAUGGCAACCCCUCCCUGGUCAUCCAGCCUCGCUGGCGCAUACACACACUGGCACACACUCCAAUGGUCACACAGAUUGGUCCUUCUGGAGCACAAAGCAUUAAAACUGUAUCUCAGAUUCUUCAUGACAGUGCCUGUUCAGAGAUCGUGUCCUUCUGUGGAAUCAUAGCUCAGCGAAUCAGCCUCGAGGAGGACCAAGGGAAAGCUCCGGCCAUCCAAUCACUAAUCAAGGAUAAAGGUGUGAGUGUCGACCCUGAGCUGAGGUUUCGUCUGACGGUGGAGGAUCCGGUGUCCACGUCCAGUGAGCGGCUGCAGGUGUAUGUGGACCUCUCCCAGAGCCCCUUCAUCCCCGGCCUGCUACCCGGAGCUCACAUACUGCUCACCGACCUCCAGCGCUGCCUGUCCAGGAAGGGUAACGUGUACUGCCGCUUCUUGCCAAUCAGCUGUG